AUGUUCGAAAAAUUACUCUAAUUUUGAAACGAGAUGACGCGACUCUCCUUGGAGAAGGAGGGUAGGAUUACUAAGCUGCCAUGAUAGGUUAUGGCGGCGGCGGCGGAAACGCUGUGGGAAGAAGUAAGGGAGCUAAGCCUGGGGUGUAGCGGCCGGGUAGAGCGGCUGGACUCUCCCCCAACGCCCCUCCGCUUCCUGAGGGAGUUCGUCUCCCCCAACAAGCCCUGCAUCAUCUCUGGCGCUACCCUCCACUGGCCCGCCUUGGCCGCUUGGUCCGACGACGCCUACCUCUCUCGAACCCUCGCCAUCUCCGACCACCUCGUCUCCGUUCAUCUAACUCCGACGGGCCGUGCCGAUGCCCUCGCCCCGCGCCCCUGCGAUCCAUCGUCCCUGUGUUUCGCCUCGGCAGACGUGCGUCGCAUGCCCUUCGCCGACGCGCUCCGCCUCAUCGACGAGUCCGAUGGCUCCUGUGUGGCCUAUGCGCAGCAGCAGAACGACUGCUUCCGCUCCGAGUACUCUGCCUUGGCCGGUGACUGCGAGCCCCACAUACCCUGGGCUACCGAAGCCCUAGGGUGCCUCCCCGAUGCCGUGAACCUCUGGAUCGGCAACGGUCUCUCCGAGACCUCCUUCCACAAAGACCAUUACGAGAAUCUCUACGCCGUCGUUUCGGGCCAGAAACACUUCCUCCUCCUCCCUCCCACCGAUGUUCACCGGAUGUACAUUCGCGAUUACCCUACUGCUCGCUACGUCUACUCCCAGGAUACGGGAGAGUUCACGCUGGAAUUGGAGAACCCGGUGAGAUAUGUGCCCUGGUGCAGUGUGGAUCCUUACCCUUCAUCAGAAACCAAAGAUCAAGAAAUGUCCAAAUUCCCUCUGUAUUUCAAUGGCCCAAAGCCAUUUGAAUGUACAGUGAAGGCGGGUGAAAUUCUUUACUUGCCAAGUAUGUGGUUUCAUCAUGUCGGGCAGAGCCCAGACAGCGGAGGCCGUACUAUAGCUAUAAAUUACUGGUAUGAUAUGCAGUAUGAUCUCAAAUAUGCCUACUUUAAUUUCUUGCAAUCAAUUCAAUACCCAGUAUUCCAUCAUCCAGCACUGCAGGCAAUGGAAAAUGAGGGUUCAUGUUUUGACGCAUCUGUGUGCAGUUCAAAAGACACCUUGCCUGCUGAUGAAUCUGGUUCAAAUAGUAAUACGGCAGGGUGAUAAAGAUGAUAUGAAAUUCAAAUGAGUAGUUGUCUUCUGGUCUGGCUUAUAAGUUUUGUAAAUGUGUGGAUUAUUAGGUAGGAAAAGCAGCUGCAGGGAAUUCAAGAGUUUCCCGUUGGUUUUGUCCGUAUAGGUUUUUCUUAGUUUUUAAAAUUAUAAAUUCCCGUUUUUCAAUGUUUGGAAAGAAAGAAAUCUAAAUAUGUCAUGCCGUAUCCUGGAGAAUGUCUACCGACUAUUAUGAUUGGCAUUUUGAAAUAUGCGCCCACUUUCUAACAGAAA